AUGCCCAAGUCACCUCAGCUGACUCCUCUUGAUGUAUCUGUGUGGAGAGCACUUUUUGGCAAGAAGCCGGAAAGGCUGGAACAGGCCAAUGAUGACUACAAGACGUACUACGUCAUGGAGAAGCAGACCCCGGUCAACAUCUCCGUUCCCAGGGAGAACAGCAGCUUGAAUUGAGCAGACGUCCUCGGGGGCAACGUGGAGGCCGUCCUCACCCACAGCGGCUUCCCCGCCAAAGUCCACUGGCACGAAGGCACCACGCUCAUGAUCGAGUUCGAUGCCGCCGUGAUCGCCAGGGACAAGGUUCUGGAAGGGAGAUGA